GCCGCCUUGAAAGCAGGGAGUCGCCCCUUCUUGCGAAGAAACUUCAGAUCCGACUUGACGAGCCAUGGGACACUGCUGCUCGAAGCGGCGCCCCGAAAUCGAUGACGGCGAUGUCAUCAAGCCUGCCGCGGCGAAGGGCCUCGCCACCAUUGAGGUGGCGAGCCCGGCCGUCCCUUCCUCGUUUCACCAGGUCCAGUCGACGACGACCGCACCACGCAAGGCCGACAUGACUGUCGGGACGGCAUUGCGCCGAGAGACAUUUGAGGAAGGCAACAACGACACGAUUAUGCCGCUCUCAGGUGGCUCGCCGUCAAGAGACGACUUAUACGGGUCCUCCAUCACGUCGUCCAAGUAUAUUUAUACGUCGCCACCGUCGUCCCCUUCCAAGAGUAGCGAGGAGCCGCAAGUGGAAGACUUGCAAGACUUAUCUCAGCAAUACCAAACGCAGCAACAACAACAAGAAAGACAACAACAGCAGCAGCAGCAUGCGGUGUACAUUCCACCGGAAGACCGACCGAUCGAGUCUAUGUUCAUACGCGAGGAACGGAUUCGACUGGCUCAAAUUCAGGAGCAACUACGGCUCGAGCGACAAGCCGCGAACGACAAGUGGGUUGCUGAGUUGCGCGAGAAGAAGAAGGAGUUUCUUCCAGAUGUCGUCGUGUAUCGAGAGUUCUCGCCGCGUGUGGACUGAGCUGGCAUCGUCGGAUCACGCGAAAAGGCGGCAACGAGUCGUCAUCACUUAUAUAUUUUGAAUCUGUUUCAGUCGCUUGGCUACGAGUGUUGUGCCAUGCAUCGACUAGCUCCAUCCAA